AUGGAUUCUGAAUUACAUAACAUAUUAGCCCUUAUCAUCUCCUUUUUCCUCUUCAUGAUUUUGGCACUCAAAACAUGGACCAAUCUCAGCAAAACUGAGUCUUCAACAAACAUACCCCCAGGACCAUGGAAGCUACCUAUCAUUGGAAACAUGCAUAAUCUUCUAACAUCUACACCACACCGAAGAUUAAGAGACUUGGCCAAAAUAUAUGGUCCCUUGAUGCAUCUCCAACUUGGGGUGUUCGUCGCAAUCGUUGUUUCCUCAGCAGAGUAUGCUAAGGAGAUUCUGAAAACCAAUGAUCUCAUCUUUGCAUCAAGGCCUCACAUCCUAGCUGCAGAUAUACUGUUUUAUGAAUCCUCCGAUAUUGUUUUUUCUCGUUACGGAAAUUACUGGAGACACCUACGGAAAAUAUGCAAUAUGGAGCUUUUAACCCAAAAUUGUGUCAAAUCAUUCCAGCCAAUAAGAGAAAAAGAAUUCACCAGCCUUGUCAAAAUCAUUGAUUCACAUAAAGGGUCUCCCUUCAACCUCUCUGAAGCAGUACUUUCAUCAAUAUAUCAUAUCAUUUCAAGAUCUGCGUUUGGCAUGAAAAGCAAAAACCAAGAACAAUUCAUUUCUGUGCUAAAAGAAAUACCACCUGGAGCAGGUUUUAACGUAGCAGAUCUAUUUCCUUCUGCUAAAUGGCUUCAACUUCUCACUGGUUUGAGGCCUCAGCUUGAGAAGGUGCAUCGACAAUUUGAUCGGAUAUUGGGAGAUAUCAUCGAUGAACACAAAAAGCAAAAGUCAAAGGAUAAAGAUGGCCAAGGUGACGCAAAGGAAGAUUUGGUAGAUGUUCUCCUAAAAUUCCAGGAUGGAAAUGGAAGCAACCAGGACUUUUGCUUAACUACGAACAAUAUCAAAGCUAUAAUUCUGGACAUGUUUGGUGCCGGAGGUGAGACAUCAUCAUUUACCAUCAUAUGGGCAAUGGCAGAGAUGAUAAGGGAGCCAAGAGUAAUGAACAAAGCACAAAUUGAGGUGAGAGAGACAUUCGAUAUGAAAGGAAGGGUUGACGAAAGUUGCAUUGAUGAACUCAAAUAUUUGAAAUCAGUUGUCAAGGAGACCCUAAGGUUACAUCCACCAAUUCCUCUAUUUGCCAGAGAUUGUGAACAGCCAUGUGAGAUUAAAGGGUAUCGUAUAUCAGUCAAACAUAAGGUAAUUGUGAAUGCUUGGGCUAUUGGAAGAGAUUCAAGCUACUGGACUGAACCUGAGAGGUUUUAUCCAGAGAGAUUCAUUGAUAACCCUAUUGACCAUAAAGGGACUAAUUUUGAUUACAUUCCAUUUGGUGCUGGAAGAAGAAUAUGCCCAGGCAGCACCCUUGGUCUGAUAAAUGUUGAGCUGAGUCUUGCAUUUUUGUUGUAUCAUUUCGAUUGGAAGCUUCCUAAUGGAAUGAAAAAAGAGGACUUGGACAUGACUGAUCAAUAUGGGCUUACCGUUAGUAAAAAGGAUGACCUAUAUUUGAUACCAGUCACUGCUCGACCUAUUCUGAAUAGGGAAGCAUGCAUGCAGGCAAAGAAGGGUGAGUAG